AAUGUCUGUCAGGGGUGACGUGGGGCCAUUCCUCUGGGCACAGCUGUGUAAUGCCUGGAUGGAGGUAGGGCCUGGGCAGUAGUGCCCUCCCAGAGGCUCCCAUCAGGCUUUUUGGAGUAGGAGACAUGCAGCCUGAGGGCUUCAGCGUGGCCUGACCCUGCUGCCAGGGACUCUGUCCCCAGUAACCAUGAAGAUGAUGGCCAGUUUGUGGAGCUUUUCUCUGUCUAGCUGCCUCCUCUCCCUGCUCCUCCUCCUCCAGCUGGCAUCCAGCUAUGCAGGACAGUUCAGAGUGGUAGGACCAGGGCAUCCCAUCCGGGCUUUAGUUGGGGAUGAAGCAGAACUGCCAUGCCGAAUAUCUCCUGGGAAGAAUGCCUCGGGCAUGGAGGUGGGGUGGUACCGUCCUCCCUUCUCUAGAGUGGUUCAUCUCUACCGAAAUGGCAAAGACCAAGAUGCAGAGCAGGCACCUGAAUAUCGGGGACGCACAGAGCUUCUGAAAGAUAGUAUCGGUGAGGGAAAGGUUACCCUCAGGAUUCACAACGUGAGGUUCUCAGAUGAAGGAGGCUUCACCUGCUUCUUCAGAGAUCACUCUUACCAAGAGGAGGCAGCAAUGGAGUUGAAAGUGGAAGAUCCCUUCUACUGGAUCAACCCUGGGGUUCUGGUCCUCAUCGCACUUCUGCCUGCACUCCUGCUGCAGAUCUCUGUAGGCCUGGUCUUCCUCUUUCUGCAGCACAGACUGAGAGGAAAACUUCGAGCAGAAGUCGAGAAUCUACAUCGGACCUUUGAUCCUCACUUCCUGAGGGUGCCCUGCUGGAAGAUAACACUGUUUGUUAUUGUGCCUGUUCUUGGACCCCUGGUUGCCUUGAUCAUCUGCUACAACUGGCUGCACAGAAGACUAGCAGGACAGUUUCUUGAAGAGCUAAGAAACCCCUUUUGAGUCAUCAACUUCCUGGAACAAAGGAGAGCCUGGUAGGCCAAGAGACAGGUCGCUGGGGAUGUCUCUCAUUGGCCUCUCUGCCAUAGGCACUUUCCAAUCUACAUCUACAGAAACACUCUGGAUUCCAAAUAGAAUUUGAUUUCUCUUCAACUGUUUUCCUUCCCUCAGCUCCUUCCUUCCUCUAAUUUUUGCCUCCCAUAUCUUUUUACUCCUGCCUCAGUCUCCCUCCAGAAAGUACCCCAUGGCUAAGGCCAGGCCGUCUAUCAGAAGACACCUGUGUACCAGAGUAAUAUAGGAGUGAUUCUGUCAAACAGGAUAUCCAGCACCUCAUUAUAAACUACAGAACAUCAGCUGUGCAAAUGGUGGAUGUUUCUUCCAAGACCACAGCAGAGCCCACAAUACUGGGAAGCUACGUGAGCCAGUGUAUGACCAUGGAGCCUGAACCCAAACCCGGAGACGGGCAGCCUGUGGAUGGGAGGAGCUUGAGGGACAAGGGCUGAGAACUGGGUGUCCUGUCUUUUCCCUCCUACUUCCCUGUGUCCUUUGUACUCCCACCUCUCAUUUUCUCCUGUCCUCAUUCCUCUCAGAAUACCCACUGUUUUAUCAACAACUACUACUUGAUGGUCUACCAGACACGAACAAGCUAGGUGCUAAUUAAUAAUACAAGUUUCUCUGUGCACACUUCCA